AUGGCCGUAAAUGACUCGCCCUCAACGAAAGGUCUCACGACCAGCUUGACCAAGUACCUUCAGCCUGGCAAGUUCUCCGACCUCAAGGUCCGCUGCAGCGACGACAUCAUGUACGAUGUGCAUAAAGCCAUCGUCUGCAGUCAGAGUCGUUUCUUCGAGCAAGCCUGCAACCCGGCGCACACGUUCAAGGAGAACGCCACCGGCGUCAUCGAACUAAAAAACGAGGACGCCGACGCCGUCCGCGCUUUGCUCCAGUUCAUGUACUACUGCGGCUACGAGACGCCCAGCGAAACCGGCAACCCAGGCGAUCGCUCCAGCGCGCCCAGCAGCAGCAGCAGCAGCAAAAUAAAUAGGGCCAACGACUUCGAAUUCUACACCAACUGGCGCAAGCGGAAGCGGGCGCCGGCGACAACGUCGCCCUCGCUGACCGAGAUGCUGUUCCACGCGCAGAUGUACGGCCUGAGCGGCUUCUACGGCAUCGAUGCGCUAGCACCCUACGCGAAGCAGCGCUUCGAAGCGUGCGUGGAUGAGCGCGCGGGCUGGAAGGAGGCGCGCUUCGCCCGCGUCGUCGAGCUCGUGUACGCGACGACGCCGGCGCGGAACCGCGGUCUGCGCGACAUGGUCGUCUAUGUGUGCCGUAGGAACUACAGGGCGCUGAUGGCGGACCCGGAUUUCGCAGCCAUGAAGACGCGUCUAGCGGAGUCCUUUGCUAAGGAGCUCGAUGCCGCCGUCGCGCGCGCCGGUUCGAGGUUCCCGCUGGAUGUAGAGGCGUACAGAUGUCCUGCGAAGCGUUGCGACAACGUCUUCUACGCCAACCCGGAGCUUGUCCGCAAGAACUAUAAAGGUUGGGAUGGCGAGAGUCGUGUCUUUUGCACUUUUUGCUGUGGAGAGCUCGCGCUUGAGGAUCUGAAGGGUUUGCAGGUCAUCGAGAAAUAUGAUGUGGUGACGGAGUAG